AUGAUUCCUUUCGAACAGAACUCGACAAUCUGCCACUCAUACUGGUACAAUGACGAUUUCACAGUUUGUGGACGUGAGUUUGCACAAUUGUGGAUCGUUUUUCCGUUAGCAAUCAGUCUAUAUUUAGUGUUGAAUAAUCUAUUCCACGUGGUUUCGGUCAAGAACAAGACCGUCAGCGCGGAACUCGAUUCUGAACAGCAGCCAUUACUAGAAGGCGAGAUUUCGGAGUAUAAUGCAACCAAAGAGGGUAGAUAUGUGUCGACCCUAGACAGACACUUUGAUAUCUCUUUGCUAAAUAGUGGAAAUGCCAAGUCCAAUGAGACAAUACGUAUUGUCUACCGUGAUACCUCUGAAAAAAUCAAGGUUGUGCUGGAAGAAGCGUUGCUGUUCUUUCAGAUCGGACUAUCGACUAUAGAGCUGCUGGAUUCGGACAAUUCUUCUUCCCUUCACAGAGCAAAGCUUGUCAACCUCGGUUUUUGGACUUAUCUAACUCUAAUAACUUCUAUUAGACUUUUCAAUGUUUCCAAAGGGUUGGGGCCCGAAUGGCUGGACUUGUGGAAACAAUGCUCGUUUCUUUACAACAUUCAAUUACCAAUAUCAGCUCUUCUGUUUAGAUCGGCGAUUCUGAACCACGUUUCAUCGUCGUUUGCAGUCAGAUUUUAUUUGCUACAAUUUGCAAUCAACGUCGCAUUGGUUUUGAUUAACGGUUUGGAAAAAUGUUCUGACAAACCAGCUCGUGUGUAUGAGAAAGAUGGAAUUCUGCCAUCUCCAGAAACGACUUCAACCUUGUUCAGUAUCAUUUCCUUUUCGUGGAUAGAUAGGAUGAUUUUCAAUGCCUAUAAAAGACCGAUCACUAUGCCAGAAAUCUGGGGACUCAGAUACCAAGACCUGGCAGAACCGUUGCUAUCCAAAUAUCACGAAUCCAGAGCUACAGCCAGAUUUGCAGCCAGACUGUUUUCCCAAUUCAAAGUGGAUCUGAUUAUGCAAUGCGUUUAUAGUGGUGUCGACUCGCUCAUGGAACUUGCUCCGCCUAUAGCUCUCAAGCAUAUUUUAGAAUAUAUCCAAGAUCCAGACCAUUCAUCCACAAGUCUAGUUUGGCUCUGGGUUAUCAUUUCGCUUGUCGGAUAUCUUUCUGAAGCUAUCUUGAUCUCCAGAUGCCAAUCUGAGGGAAGAAGAAUUGAUGCCAGAUUGAGAGCCGUUUUAGUUGGAGAGUUAUAUGCCAAAGCUUUAAGAAGAAAACUGGGAACCGGAUCAAAAACAGACGAGAAACAUGGCGAAGAAAAACCAGAGAGUCCUGAAGAAGAAACAGAGCCAGAAACAAAAGAUAUGGGAGGUGUUCUGAACUUGAUGUCUGUGGACACAUUCAAAGUGUCAGAAUUGGGUGGAAACCUGUACAACUUUACCUCGGCAAUCAGUAUGACAAUUGCAACCGUCAUUUUGCUGUACCAGCUACUUGGCUGGUCGUCUCUGAUGGGAGUUGCUACAUUAGCCUGUAUCAUUCCAACGAACUAUUUCAUCGCAAUGAGCUUUGAGAAAUACCAAACCCUGCUUCUGAGCUAUUCUGAUCAGCGGAUCCAAAAGCUCAACGAAGUGUUCCAGAACAUCAGAGUAAUCAAGUACUUUGCAUGGGAGAACAAGUUUACUGAGGCCAUCAUGAAGCUCAGAGAAAAGGAGAUUUAUUAUGUCUGGCGCAGGGCCGGGAUUUGGGCACUAGCGGUGCUCAUCUGGUACUCUGCACCGUCGUUGGUUGCACUGGUUACAUUUUUCUUCUACACGGCAGUUCAGGGCGAACGGUUGACCACCCCAGUUGCAUUCACUGCUCUGUCGCUAUUCAAUCUGUUAAGGUCACCGCUGGAUAUGCUGGGAGACUUGAUAUCGUUUGUUUUGCAAACCAAAGUCUCCAUUGGAAGAAUUGAGAAAUAUUUGAAUGAACCGGAAACUACAAAAUACGAGCAACUAACAACUCCAAGAGGCCCAAAUUCUCCUGCAAUUGGAUUUGAAAAUGCCACAUUGCACUGGUCCAAAAACUCCAAAAACUCGUUUGCUCUUAGAGACAUCAACAUCGAAUUCAAGCCGGGAAAGAUCAAUAUCAUUUUUGGUGCUACAGGAUCCGGAAAGACUUCGCUUCUUUUGGCCUUACUGGGAGAAAUGGACCUUGAAAAGGGGUCCGUGUACCUUCCAGGGGCUGAUCCAAGAGAAGAUCUCAUUCCAAAUCCAGUCACAGGGUUGACUGAAUCCGUUGCUUACUGCUCUCAAACUGCAUGGCUUUUGAACACAACGAUUAAAGAAAACAUUAUGUUUGGCUCUCCUUACGACAAAAAGAGAUUUGAUGCCGUCAUUCACUCAUGUGGAUUGACCAGGGACCUUGAGAUUCUGGAUUGGGCCGAAGAAACAGAAAUUGGAGAAAAAGGUAUCACUCUUUCAGGUGGCCAGAAACAGCGUGUCUCUUUGGCAAGAGCACUGUAUUCGUCUGCUUCCUAUGUUCUUCUUGACGAUUGUCUUUCGGCAGUUGAUUCUCACACAGCCGUCCAUAUUUACGAGAACUGCAUCAAGGGUAACCUUAUGAAGGGACGAACCUGUCUUCUUGUCUCGCAUAACGUUGCACUCACCGUCAAGGACGCUGAUCACGUGAUCCUUAUGGACAACGGACGUGUAAAAGCACAGGGGUCGGUUGGCGAGCUAUUAUCUCAGGGUCAUUUUGCAGAGGAUACAAUCAAGAGCAUGCAAAAGUCCAGAAGCGAGUCGAGCGAGCUGGAUCAAAUUCAAGAGCCCGAGCCAGAAGUUACUGCUACCAAAUCAGACUCAGUGAAGAAUGACAAAAAAUCCAAGCUGAUACAGGAAGAGACCAAGAGUGAAGGACAUGUGAAGCUUUCAGUUUACCUUGCGUACCUGAAACAUCUUGGCUCGGUUCCUUACUGGCUCUUUUUAGUUGCUACCAUAGCUGGUUCUCAAUCUGCCCUCGUUGGCCAGUCUUACUGGUUGCGUUUCUGGGCAGCUAUGGAGGAUAAAAAGAUAUCCAUUGAAUGGAAUCAGCCAAUUGGUAGCGCUAUUUUCAAAGCAUACGGGUUUGAGCUUGAGAACCAAUCAACAGUGUUCUACGUUGGAGUCUAUACUUUCAUUGGGCUGAUGUAUGCCACGAUCGUUGGAGUACGGUUUUUGACUUUCCUCUCUGGAGGUCUCAACGUUUCCAAAAGCAUGUUUGGCGAGCUACUGGAUAAAGUCCUUCAUGCCAAACUGAGGUUCUUUGAUCAGACUCCAAUUGGACGUAUCAUGAACAGGUUUUCCAAGGACGUGGAAGGAGUCGACCAGGACUUACCUGAUGCAUGGUACUCUUCGAUUAAUUGUUUACUUUCGACUGCUACCAUUCUGGCAAUGGUUUGCGUUGUGACUCCAAUUUUCAUGAUCUUUGCUAUAGUACUGCUUGCCCUAUACGGAAUGGUUGGUUCGCUUUAUCUGAACCUUUCAAGAGACUUGAAACGGUUUAACUCAAUUACCAAGUCUCCGAUCCAUCAACACUUUUCGGAAUCGCUCCAUGGAGUUGCAACCAUCAGAGCUUACGGGGAUAUCAGACGGUUCCUUAGACAGAACCUUGAUAACAUUGACACCAAUAACAGACCGUUUUGGUACAACUGGACCAGCAACAGAUGGCUUGGAUUCAGAACAGAGAUGAUUGGAACGCUCAUCUCGUUCUUUGCUUCUGUUUUCGCCGUUUCCUACGCCAGAAACCUGGAUGCAGGUCUGGCUGGUAUUUCGCUUUCCUUUGCAGUUGGAUUCCGUCAAAGCGCGGGAUGGCUGAUCAGAAUGUACUCACGGUUGGAGAUCAUGAUGAACUCCGCCGAAAGAGUGCAGGAAUACAUCGAAGAAACCCCUCAAGAGGCCGAACGCCUGCUUCCUCAAGAUCCUGUUAACUCAUGGCCAUCUAAGGGAGAAAUCGACGUUUCCAAGAUCAGCAUCAAAUACGCUCCCGGUCUGCCACGGGUCAUUGACGAUGUCUCUUUCAAGGUGAACUCUGCUGAGAAGAUUGGUGUUGUUGGUCGUACCGGUGCCGGCAAGUCGACUAUAGUGACAAGUUUCUUCAGAUUUGUCGAGCUGGAUUCUGGUAGCAUCAAGAUCGACGGCCUCGACAUUUCCAAGAUCGGGCUCACUACUUUGCGGAAGGGACUCACCAUCAUUCCUCAGGAUCCAACCUUGUUUGCAGGAACUGUUCGCUCGAAUCUGGAUAUUUUCCAAGAAUACUCCGAUCUGCAGAUGUUUGAAUCUCUUCGGAGAGUCAAUUUGAUCUCUGGACUAGAGUAUCAGGGUUUGGUCAACCAUACGUUGCCAGAUCAAUCAGCGAACACUCACGAGAAUACCAACAAGUUUUUGGAUCUGGACUCGGCGGUUUUGGAAGGCGGAUCAAAUCUCUCACAAGGAGAGAGACAGCUGAUCUGUCUUGCAAGAUCUCUUUUGAAAGUGCCCAAAAUUUUGAUGCUCGACGAAGCUACCGCUUCGAUCGAUUACGAAUCAGACGCUAAAAUCCAAACCACCAUUAGAGAAGAGUUCUCGUCGUCCACUAUUCUCACAAUUGCUCACAGACUUAAAACCAUUAUCGACUACGAUAAAAUCUUGCUACUGGAUCAAGGUAAGGUGAAAGAAUUCGACCACCCUUACAAACUGAUCACCAACGUACAAACAGAGUUCUACAAAAUGUGUGUCGAUACAGGCGAAUUGGACGAGCUAGUCCAUUUGGCGGAACAGGCAUACCAAAAACAAGUACACUAA